AUGGGUGAUCCACGGGACCAUGAUGUGGUCCUUCCCGAGGAGCAGACCAUGGAAUACUACUGGAUCGCCAGGGUCGCGGACAUGUGGUCACCCAUUCAACACCCUCAUGUGCCAGCGAAUAAUUUUGAGGUGAGCACCUCUGUCAUCACCAUGUUGCUUCGGUUCGGUGGUGAUCCUGGCAAAGAGGGGGAGUGCCCCCGAUCACAUUUGAGGCGAUUCCACGAGCUCAUCGAUGGAAUAAAGAUAAAUGGGGUCCCAGCCGAUGCCAUCCUGCUGAGGUACUUCCCAUUUACUCUGGAGGGGCUUGGUGGCUAG